AUGUUCACUUGUGAUAAAUGGGUGGGAUCAAACUAUGCUAAAGGUAGUGUUGGGAAAGAAAUAAUUGCAAUUAUUUUGCAAGACAAAGAGUAUUGGGUGCAAUGUCAGUAUAUAAUUAAGGUCACCAAACCUUUGGUGCGAGUUCUUCGAUUGGUGGACAGUGAGGAAAAACCAGCAAUGGGAUAUCUGUUUGAGGCAAUGGAAAAAGCUAAAGAAACAAUUAAAGUAAGGUUGAGGAAUAAGAUUACACAAUAUGGCCCUUACAUUAGGGUGAUUGAUGCAAGAUGGGAUAAACAACUUCAUAGUCCAUUGCAUGCAGCUGGUUGCUUUCUUAAUCCUGCAAUUUAUUUCAGUCCAUCAUUCACAAAACAAAAAGAGGUUGCUCGAGGAUUGCUUACAACAAUUACUAGGCUUGUUCCUGAUGAUGAUGUUCAAGAUAAAAUUAGUGCACAACUUGAAGAGUACAAGGCCUCAACUGGUGACUUUGGCUUGUCUAUAGCUAUUCGUCAACGUGAGAAGUUAAAUCCAGUUGCAUGGUGGGCUCAAUUUGGUAAUGAUGCUUCGGAGCUUCAAAAGUUUGCUAUUCGAGUUCUCAGCCAAUGUUGUAGUGCCACUGGAUGCGAAAGAAAUUGGAGCGUUUUUGAGUUCAUUCAUUCUAAGAAACGAAAUAGACUUGAACAUAAAAGGCUAAAUGACUUGGUAUUUGUUCGUUAUAAUCUCAAGCUUCGAGAAAGGAAUUUAAGCAAGACAAAGAGCUCUUUGGAUCCAAUUAGUCUUGAUAAUAUUGACUUGUUGGAAGAUUGGAUAAGUGAAGAACCUAGCCUUCUUGAUGGAGAAGAUUUGAGUUGGGAGAUGGUUGAUGCACCAUUUGCUUCAUUGAGCUUGGAUGAUGAUGAAGAAGCUCCUAAUUUUAAUGAUGAAGAUGAUAAUGAAGGAGAUGAUUAUAUUGCACCUAUACAAGAUUUUGAUCCUUCUAUUUAUGUAUUUAAUGAUGAUUAG